GGCAUAAUAGACAUAGAUCGCAUUACUUCUUGGGAAAUCAACAUCCGAACCGUUCGUAGAAUGGUACAUAAAGUUGCCAUAUCCUCUGUGCAAAACCGGCAUGCGCAGGAUCUCAUGUCUGCCAUUUCUCUUCACACAUAUCCCCUCGCAGUCCAGGGAGAAUCGAUUAGCGUAGGAACGAGGGGCGGGAAAAAGAGAGAACAUGAGGAGAGAACGGUUUCCCCUUUCUGCCCCUUCCUUUUCCUGACAGACAUUAAAAGUCAAGAGGCAUAGUCUUGGACCUGACCGGUUUCGCGGUGUUUUUGUCAAACCCCGUUGCGCGAUGAGGCCGCCUUCUUGCCAUCGAGCGACUUGUGCCUCACUGGAGUCUUUCGAUGGAAUUUUUUUCGGAAGACGGACUGAAAAUCACGAAAUCCACCGCUGCAUAAAGGUUUAAUCGAGGUGCUUUUUCUGCGGGCCAACAUUUUCUCCGUAUAUUUUUCGGCAGAGUCCUCGUACCGCUGGUCGCCGGGACAGAACCGUGGAAGUUCCGGUACAACCGCGACAGGGGAAAGAGACGUUCCGCGAAAGUUUUGACACGUUUUGAUCUCUUGCUCCGUUGUCUCUCUCUGGCUUUCCUAUCCGCCUCAAGACUCGUCGUUCUUUCAGCAAUUCCGCCCUGCGAACUCCGUUCGCUAGCGGAAGGUCACUUCUUCCACAACGAGUAAAACCGCCGCUGCUGGUGUUAACUUUGUUGAGAGGGUCCGGCAUCGUCCAGCGUCUUUUGUUAUCCUUUUCUUUACCAUUUUUUACAAAUCUGUUUUCGUUCAGGAACUUGUCUCCAAUUUUCACGCUGUUCCCAACUGCGUCUCUCGUGCAGGGUUGAGCCAUAACCCCGAAGGGGACCACUUAUACCGCAUACUCACGUCCAUUUUCAAUCCGUAAACCCUUGUUCGCAUGCCUUACAGGGACCUUUCAGUUGCGAAGCCUUUUUACUAUAAUCUUUUCUCUUCGCGAAGAAUGUCAUUCGAGGUGGAGAAGAAGUCAUUUUAGAGACUCUGCCCUCUGCAUCCUCCCGCCAUCACCGUCUACCACAGCAUCCAGAAACUUGCGACACCAAGAAAAUCAAAACUUCCUUCCUGUUCUGUACGGAACGAAGGAAACGUUUGACACGAAAGGACCUGUGGGAACGGUUUUCGUGGCUUUCGACUUUCGAGAUUCUUUACCGAUUUUGGCUGUCCCGGCGAACUGCCGCGGCUCUUGAACUUACCAAGAACCUCAGCGUACAGUUUACGCUGUUCUUCCCGUGGUUUUGUGGCGUGGAAUUCCAGGGUGAAGGCACCGACACCUCAGUCUUCGAUUCGCACUUUAUCGGUGCCUGUUUGCUCUCUUCAGCAGUCCGAAAAGCGCGGGACUUGCAGCAUCAGGGCCUCGUUCGACUUCGCUUGUCUCUGUCAAACGCUGGCAUUCGUUAUUUGAAUACUUUUCAUCUCACCAGUUAUUUCCAUGUGCAAUUUCUCUCCACGUUUCCAAAACAACUUUUCCUUCUCUCUCUCUAUAUGUAUACAUGUGUCUACAUGUAUUAUACUCCUAUAGCGAUGUCGACCCCUCUGUGCCCUUGUCGUUUGGUCUCCACACUUUCCACUCUUCAGCCCACGUUUGUUUUCGCGCUUCCCUCUCCCCACUAUGAGCUCUCGUACCUGCGUCGUCAACUCGCCCGCAGAGGCGACGGCGUCUGAGACUGCCACGCUUCCUUCCUCUCGCUGGACUGAUUUCCCCGUCCGUAUGGCACCUCCUUCGGGCAGGUCGCCUUCCGCUUCUGGACCUUUAGGCGAGGAGACAGUCAAGGAAACAGGCGAGGAGACAGUUCGGGGAGACACGGGCUCUGAAGGAGUGCGGAGUCCGCUUUUGUCGUCGUUGGCGAGCAAGUUGCAGACGGAGGAGGGUGGGGGGAUGCUGGGCAGCAGAGAGUUCUUUCUCAGCGAGGGUCGAGAAAGCAAAAGUGGAAGAAGAGGAAAGUUCGGAUUUUCGGGUUUAGCCUCAGAGCGAAAUGAUACGCCUGGAGAUGUCAAAAACUCUGUGCUUCGAGAGCAGACGACACUGCAGUCCCUGCCGUCAUCUCGGUCUGCUUCUCUGCCGUCGAGCCAGAGGUCAGGGGGGUUCUCAGACCUUUUCGCGACUCGGCAGGCUUCUGAGAACCACUCCGAACGCGUUCCACAGUCUGCGAACGCAGAGGAACAGGUCUCAAGGAGCCUCGUCAAGGACGAACAUGUCGUCCAGUUCAUCCUACAAGAAAUCUGCGAGGUCGCAAAAGACUGCAAAAGCGAUCUCGACGACCUCAUCCACGCCUCCGGUGUUGAAGGGGCUUGGCCUCAGCCGAUGAGUCGCCUCAUUACUGGCGGUCAAAGCCGCGCCUCGAGGCGAAGAGGCACACCAAGUUCGAUAAUAUCCCCGUUGAAUACGAGUUCCAGCAUCGGCUUUUCGUCUGAGCGUGGAUCCACGGAAGGUGUGGAGAGACAAAUCAAGCAACUGCAUGCGUUUCUCACGCAUGAGCUCCUUCCCUCUGUGGAUCGAGCAAAAGCAGAGGCCGACACUCUUAGGCGAAGCAAUGCAGUCCUGUCAGAGAAGCUGAAACGCUCUGAGGAGCAGCGGCAGCGCCAGACGGAACAGAUUGACGAUCUGCAGGACGAGUGUCGCCGAUCCCAGUUCGAGAGUCGCCACCAUUUGUCGGAGGCGGUGGAGAAGCUCAAAGCUGAGAAUUUCCACCUCAAGUCUCAGUUAGAUCUCACAGAAAAACACUUGCGUGAUGAGCGGAAGGACAACGCGACGCUGGAACAGAAGUUUCUCGCCCUCGAGAAGAAAACGAAGGAAAACAAGGAGUCUAUCGAGUCGAUGGAGGCCACGGCGCUUCGCGAUCAACUGAACAGCGUUCAACGGGAAGUGAAGCGUCUCACGACUCUGUCUUCCCAGAAGGAUUCGAUGAUCGAGGAUUUGAAGGAAGUCGUUCGCGUUGCACGUGGAGAGACUGCAGCCAUGUCAAGCCGAGCUCUGUCGCGGAGCAGUCAUGGAACUGUGGCUCUAAACUUUCCUCGGGAAGGGCGAGAGGUUUCAACUCCCCUGUCUGCACUGGCGAGUGACAUGGCACUGCAGAUGAAAUUACGCAUGACGGGAGGGAGCGUUUUCCCCGGCGGCGCAGCACCUGCAACAGAGAGAUUCGAGAGAAGGAAGGAGUUCCAGCGCUCUCGAAGAUGUUCAGUGGACUUCUCCAACAGUCGCGUGAGACACCAGGAGUCUCUGGCAGCCGAGCUUCUGGAUUCCGAGUCGGGCAAGGCGGGAGAGUUUGUCGAAGAAAGAACUGACGUUUCUGCUGCAGCUGUCUCUGCGGGAGACUCCGCUUUGAGGCAGGGCUCAGCGCCCGCGGGGUCGAUCCAGGGAGUGCAUGUGAAGGAAGAAGAAGGGAGAGGACGCGAACGAGAGAAUCCAGCGUCUUUGGCAGGGAGUGGCGCGACGUCGAGAGCCGCCUCUACAAGAGGCGAGACGCAUGCACUGUGCGAGAGGCGGACCGAAGCCCUGCAGCAUGAACUGGAGGAGCUGAAGAAGAACCACGCACAACUCUUGGAUCGGAACGAGAUCUUGAAGAAGUACAACGACACUCUAGAGAAGCAUUUCGAGGCGGAGCUGUUGCAGUACGUGAAAAAGGACGACAUGGACAGAGUUCAGACGGAGUAUCAGGCCGCGAAACAACGAGUUGAGGACCUAUGUGAACGGUACGAACGCGCGCAAAUGGAACGAGAAGACACACAGGAAAUGGAGAGGCACACAGCUACUAUGGUGGACCGGGAGGAGGUGGAAAAGAUGGAGGCGGCGCUGAGGAAGGAGAAGGAUGCGAUUGCCAAAGAGAAGGAGACAGUGGUGCAGCAGCUGACGGCUGAGAAGGACGAGUUGGAGAGAAGGAAAGACGGAGAGAUCGCGAAACUGUGUGGCGAGAUCGCCACGUUAGAGAGCCAAGUGAAAACUGCAGAAGCCGAGCGAGAGAAGAUGACUCAGCUUCUCGAAAAGGAGAAGAAAGACAAGACCGGCUUGGGGAACCGCCUCGCAGCUUUGGAGGCUGCAGCCGAGGAGACAGCUGCGCUCAAGGAGGUUUUGGAACAGGAGAAAGAGGCGAGGGGAAAUCUAGAUAAGUCCCGCAUUCAGCGAGAGGCCGAGCUGCUGGCGCGACAGAAUGAAGUGGCGAAACUAAGCGAAGAAGUGAAAGCGCUGCAAGCGGAGCAAGCGACGAAGCAGGCGGACGCGGAGAAGGAAUUGAAGGCGAAAGACGAGGAGGUUCUUCAGACGAAAGAGCGUCUCAACUCUGCUCUCAGCGAGGUGGAGUCUCUUCGAAGAAAACACACCCUUCAACAGGAGGUCCUGGCAAAAACCACUCGUGAGCUGGAGGUGUCAAGGGGUAAAGAAGCCGCGCUACAAGAAGAGGCAACCACCCUCCGGUCGCAGCUCGACAAGGCUGUCGAAGAGAGGCGUGAGAUGGCCAAGACUCUUGACGCUGCACAAGCGGCACGCGCUGUCGACCAGAGGACGCUUGAGGAGAAGCAGAGAGAACUCGAGAGAGUGGAAAACAGGGCGAAAAACGUCGAAUCUGGAAGAGACCAAGUGGAGGCCCGACUGGCCGAGUCCGCUGCAGAGUGCACAGCCCUUUCCCGCACAUGUGCGAUGCUCAAAGAGGAAGUCGAUACAAUCAGACAGAAGCGCGAAAAAGAUCUUUCGGCUUUCAGGACCCGGCUCCAGCAAAAGAACAGCGAGAAGAAAAAACAGAUUCUGCAGAUGCUGGAAGUAAAUGAAAACCUGGCAAUGCGCAAGGAAGAAAUGGAAACACGCUUCGUCGAUCAGUUGCAGGACGCCCGGAGUGACAUCGACCGGCUCAUUGGUCUCCAAAUGCGGCAGCCCUACAUGAGACGAGGUUCUCAACUUUCUUUGCCGGGUCCUCCGAAGGAUCUCUCGUCUUUCGCUAGCCAGAUGUGGCACAUGCACGAAUCGAAGGCAGACUCGCUUCCAGGCUGGACAGACCGAACAUCGUCUCUCAAAUCAUCCCGGAAGACUCACCGUUCUGUUGCAAUGUACAGGCCCGUAGCUCUUUCGAUUCAGAAUUUGGUGCCUCACUCACCCAGAGGUGGUAGCGAGAAGAGUCGAACGCGGUCAGGUUCUGGAGAUUCACUCGGUGACGAAGACUCCGAUCUUUUGGAUUUCAUUCCCGAUUUAGUUUCAAAGAUCCGCAGCAAACUCUUUAAAGGGCAGAACUCGUCCGAAAGCAACAGUCGCGAACAACUUCCUCUGUUGCGAGAAGAGUCGACUUCAAGUGCGAGCGAAAUGGACGGCGGAUAUACUCGACAGUCGUCGAGUGCCUCAUCUCGUCAGCGUUCAGGCAGCGUAGAUAGUUCAGGUAGUUUCGCGGAUGAAAAUACGCAUUUUGUGCCGGCUGUAGGUCUCUCGAAGAGUCGCCCCUUUCUGCGGUCUCUCAAAACCAACCACUCUUCAGGAACGUAUCCCCCCAUGGUUGCGAUGUGGGAGCCCACCGUUGAUGAGACGACAGAUAAUGCUGCACGGUUUGUAGAUGCGCUUGAAGAAGAUGCUUCCAGCCCAGUGCUCUUGGAACACCCGUCUUCUCCUCUCGUUUCGGCUGAUAGCCUUCCUGCGAUUCGCGUCAUGGCUGGUAGCGUUUUUGGCACGUUUCCCGGUCAGAAUCAGCAAACAGCUGGAGUUUGGCGAGAAAUGGAAGAGAUACGUGGUCAGAAGGGAACUCUUCGAAAAGCCUCCACCUUGGGCAAUGUAGCUGAAUUAAGAAGCGAUAACGGACUCGACAAGGAUACCGAAAAGGUUGAAAAGGACACGGACGAAAGUAACCGAAAAACUGGAUCUUUCCACGCGAAGAACCAACCCCAAGUCGAAAAACGAACCAGAAGGCCGCGCGAGUUAAUGAAUUACAUCGACGUGGAGAGCCGAACGUUCUACACGCCACGACGGAGAUGAUACACUAAACUGGGGCUUUGCCGUUUUCGUUUCUUCUGCGUCGCCUAUUUUACUGUCAACGAAUGAAGCAGUCGCCCGGAGGCAUUUUUAUGCGGAUUGACGGACCCAGCUGACGUGUCAUUCAUCUGCCGCGAAAAACUGUACAGUUCAAAUGAAUUCAUGCCGUUGUUUACCAGGUGCUGCCAACCUUUGUCUUGUGUUGGACAGACGAAAGCAUCGUUUACCCGAUGCAAAGUCUCGAUUAAACACACAAGAUAGCCGGCAGUCAGUGGACUGCUUGCUAUACGAGUUAAUACGAAAUAGAAAUGCGCAGCAUUAUCAUAUGUAUCGUGUGGUGCAAUAUCCACAUCUGCAUUACUAACAGCCGCGCCUGCUGUAUCUUCUAGAGUAUUUGUUCUUCCGUUUGUUUGCACAUAGACGAUUUUGGAAGUGGAAGGAAACCAUCAAGUGUCGAGCUGCCUACAGCCUAAGCAAAAGUAGGAGAGGGAAGACUUCGGGAACAUCGGUGGAAUACGGAAUCGUCAGCAGAGGAAGGGUGGCGUAUUUAGUGUCAUUAGGGGGGACCAAGCAGCCAAUAGGGUAACUCAGUGUCACCACAUGGGUUACCAUAAUUAGUGCCGGGUGUACCGCAGCAAAAUAUCGAUAGGUCCCGCGGGUUCAUUUUGAUAUUUUUGCUAAACUGGAGCAUCCUCCAGUUGACUAUGGACGCUGAAAGAGUG